AGAUAAGCGGGCGGUCAUUUAAUUUUUCUGAGAAAAAAGUCUAGAACUAAAGAAAAAAUUCUUGAAAAUUUCUACAAAAUUCACUGCUUUAGUUUGCUAUUUUCUUACGCAUUUUAGGAUAUAUAUUUUGUUAAAUCUAGUGAAUUAAGUAUUUUAUUUUGUAUUCAUUAUUUAUGGAAUUUGUAGUUAUUUAUAGUAUUUCUAAGGGAUCACUUUGGAAUGCUGCUUUUCGUAUUUAAAAUCAUUCAUGCAUGAUUUCGGAUGAACUAUACUCGUUUAGUCUCAAAUCAGUUGUUCUAUAAAUGUUGUAUUGUGCCUUAAUUUUUAUUGUAUUUGCUAUACAAACUAAAAUAAUGUUAACAAAUUAAACUGAAUUAAUAAAAAGAAGAAGUUUCAAUACAGAUUUGUUUCUAAAAAAUUGAUUAUUAAAGAUGACUCAAAUUUCGCCACGCGUAGAUAACACUAAAAAUUCAGAUUGGUUUAAAAGCGCUGUUUUAUUUUGGAAAAGUCAAGGUGAUUCCGAGGAUAGUUUUUCUGAACGUUGCAGGUCUCCACUUUCUCCUCGAAUUUCUCCUCGAAAACAAAUGCCUGUUAUUACCGUUUCUAAACCUGAACGUGGAAAAACAUUUUGUAAGAAGAAUGAAACAUUGAAAAGUAAUAAUAUUUCAUUUGAUGAAAAUGAACUUUUAAAUCAGGUAAAAGAGCUUGAAGAGUUUCUAUCUAAUCAAUCUUCAGAUUAUGAGCGAUCUGAUUGCCAUUCUCCUCAUUUGACUACGGAGUUUCCAGAAGGAAGCUUUAUUAAAAGUAACCCACUCUUUGAGACCGAAAAUAAUAUUGUAAAUUUCACGGCGCAAAAUAAUGUAACACGAACGAUGUCUAGUACAGAGUCCUAUUCAUCGCAAAAAAAUUCCGAUCAAAAUGAAAAUCAACGUAAAAAAGUUUGUCCUUGCCAUAAAAACACUUGCAUGAAAAGAAAAGAAACAAAAUUAGAAAAGUUUUCGAAAGAAAAAGAAUCUAUUGAAAAAUUAUGUAGUUGUGGUAUAUUUGAAAACAACGUUUCGCAAACGGAACUUGGUUCAUGUAGUGAUGAAAGUUUAAGUUUGAAAAGAGGACUAAACGAAGCCAAUACUUUUGACAAUAUUCAAAAAGUUCAAGAUACUUUAGAGGAAAUUUCACGUGAAAUAAUAUCGAGUAAAGAAAAGAUAAAGCAACAUCGUGAUCCGAACGAGAUUAUGUCGAAGUUGUUAUCCACUAUUAAGCCACCGAAUGAAUCAAAACCUAGCUAUAAGUCUAUUUCUCAGAAUUUAUCAUAUAAACCUCAGAACCUUAUAGACAAAUCUGCUGAAACGGAAGAAGACUUGCUCCAAAAAAGUGCUAUUUUACUUCAACAGAUAGACGAACUUGUAAAAGCUGAAUCGGACCAUGCAUUUAAUAAAUCAGAAAAGUUUCAAGUUUGUUUAAAUUCAAGAGAACGGUUAGAUUCUGGUCUUCAUAGUAAAACAAAUUCCACCGUUAAUUCUCCAUACCAAUCCCCUUCGUUCGGACGUUCUGAAAAAUCUAGUAGUGAAAGAAGUCGUACGUCAACGCUAGAAGCUAUAAGAAAUAAUUUAGAGAAAGCAAAAUGUUUUACACCAGUAGAUUUUGAUACAGAUUUUUCAGACAAAAGUCUGUCAGGGGGUAAUUCAAAUAAUUAUGAAUUAGAGAAACACGGGCUAAGCGAAUUUGAACCGGAACUUGUAGCUGUUAAAAAGUUUAUACGUUUAACUGACGAUCUCAAAGAAAGGAAAUCGGAAAAAAGUUCGGAAAAUUGUGCUUCUAUACCUUCGUUACAAACCGCUAUUGAACUGCAUCGACGUGAACUUCAACAGCAGAGGGAAAAGCAAGAAGAGUUUCUGCAACAGCUUGGAGAUUUGUUAUUAGAAAUAGUUAAUCUCAAAGAUGAGCAAAUGGCGGUCCGUAUGAAGCAAACAAAAGCAUUGUCGCUAAUGAAAAAACAACUUGAUAUCCAUAAAAAAAAUCAAACACAAGCGCACACCGACGUUUUGACUCAGGUUCAAAGCAUUCAUGAAAGACUCAAUUCAAAUGUAAAUAAACAGCUUGAUCAUGAUUCCAGUCAAGUUAGGGCUUAUGCAUUGCCGCCUCAUUCGAAUCAUCAGCAAGUAUAUGGUGAAACAAUAUGGAAGGUUACUGAUGUAAUGAAAAAACUUCAUCGUGCAAAAUCUGGUUUAAUUGAUGGUACACUUGUAAGUUCUCCUUUUCACACAAGUCAAUAUGGAUACAAAAUGAACGGUUGGCUUUAUUUAAAUGGUCGUGGAAAAUCUGCUGGCUCUUACUUAUCUGUUUACGUUUGUGUACUUGUUGGUGAGUAUGAUGCUAUACUUCCUUGGCCAUUUAAACCAUGCUAUAAAUUUACUUUAAUUGAUCAAAGAGCAGACAUUCUUAAACGUAAAGACCACGUUAAAAUUCGACGUGUAGUUGAUAUUGCUGGAAGGGAUGCAAAUAUUAUAACUCAAUUUGGAGGCAUACCUCGGCCUGUAAAUAGCACUAAAGCUCUAAUCGUAGGUUACGAUGAUUUCAUUGCUCACGAACAACUAUCAUCAAGGUUUUUAGUUGAUGAUACUCUUUUUCUUAAAAUAGAAGUUGAAGCAAAUGGCAAUUAAAUUUCGUUAUUCUGAAACGUCAAAUGUUAUAACGUCAAAUAUUAGAGCAAAAUAUAACGUCAGUCGUUCUUUUUCGAAUAACAAAUUCAAGCCUUGUUUCCUGAAAUAGAAAUUGAAGCAAAUGGCAAUUAAAUUUCGUUAUUCUGAAACGUCAAAUAUUAGAGCAGAAUAUAACGUCAGUCGUUCUUUUUCGAAUAACAAAUUCAAGCCCUGUUUCCUGAAAUUAAAAAAGAUCAAUACUUUGUAAGCUUCAAAUAAAAUAGAAAUAGAGUCAAGAUUAGAUUUGAUCUCUGCUCUCAAUAUUAAGUUUUGUCUAAAUUUAUAUCAAACUUUA